AUGGCAGAAACAACGCAAGAGACUCGUCCGUCAGCGAAAGACUCUCCGUUUUCUAUAAAGAACCUUCUGAACUGCGACAGCAAGCCGCCUAAACCAAAGGCCAUCAUUACCUCAACAAAAGGUGUUUUAGAUAGUAGUUUCUCGCUCUCCAGAGUGGGUGACUUAAGUUUUCCUCGGUUUGAGUUACCUGUUCAAAGGUUUGGAUUACCGGCUCACUAUUUGGACAGGACGUCGGCGUGGUGGUAUCCGUACGCGCUAAGCUCCUCCGGACAUUUACAUAGAGCAGCAGUGCCGGAGAGGCCCAGUAUUAGAGACUCGUCUCCCGCGUCUGGCACAGAUAGAGAUUCGCCGGAGCCACAGCUCAGAACGGACCCUGACGUCAAAGACGACGAGGACAACAAAAGUGCGGACGAAAUUAUUCUUGAGGAGAGUGACACCGACGAACCAAAGAGAGAGGAGAUGUCGGAGGACUGGAAGAAAUCAGGGGAUAGUUCGGAUAAGAAACUGUGCCGCAAAAAGAAGACGCGCACUGUCUUUUCGCGAAGUCAAGUGUUCCAGCUGGAAUCCACCUUUGACAUGAAGCGCUAUCUAAGCAGCUCUGAGCGCGCAGGCCUCGCCGCUUCGCUGCACCUUACCGAGACCCAGGUCAAAAUAUGGUUUCAGAAUAGACGGAACAAAUGGAAGCGACAGCUCGCUGCGGAACUGGAGGCGGCCAAUCUCAGCCACGCUACCGCACAGAGAAUAGUACGAGUGCCCAUUCUAUACCACGAGAACUCGGCGACUGACAGCAUGAACAGUACUGGCAACGCGACAGCCAGCCAGUCCCUCCUGACGUUUCCGCACCCCGCGUACUAUUCUCAUCCAGUUGUUACAACCGUUCCACUGCUGAGGCCCGUUUGAAAACAUCUUCGUUUAUUUAUAUUUCAGUGUAUUGUAAUGCAUUUAUAAGACAUAACCGUGAUUAAAUAUUUUUUAAAAAUACAUUAUGGAAAAUGCUUGUAUUGCUGGAAGAAGA